CUAGUCUCCUUCUUCCUGAGUAAACAUGCAGCUCGGUAGAAGUGCAGAUGUCUCCAUCACCAUUCAAGAAAAGCUGAAAUGUGUCAUUGCCUCAGAGUUAGGAUGCAACAUCUUUAGAAUACAUAGCCAGUUGCGGAAGGUAAAUGAGAAAGCUUAUGAACCCGAAAUCAUAGCGAUUGGACCAUAUCAUUGCGGAAAACCUGAUCUCUCAGGUAUGGUGGAGCACAAGUUGGUUUAUCUAAAAUCAUUGCUUGGUCAAAAGAUUGAGAAGGUGGCAACAUGUGUUGCUGCAGUGAAGCCGCUGGAGGAAAAAGCGCGAAAGUGCUAUGCAGAGCCUAUAGCCCUUUCAUCAGAUGAGUUUGUAGAAAUGAUGGUGUUAGAUGGCUGCUUUAUCAUACAAUUGCUGCUUAAGUUCAAGGAAAAGGAUUUGAUAGAUAAAACUGAUCCUGUUUUCAGAUUGGAGUGGAUUCUGAACAGUUUACAGCGCGAUUUAAUGUUGUUUGAGAAUCAGCUUCCCUUCUUCAUUCUUUGCAAAUUGUAUGAAACAAUUGAGCUUCCAGACCAUGAAAGUGGAUUGAUCGAUCUUGCCUUGAACUUUUUUAGUGAUCUUUUACCAGAGGCUGGAAUCAAGUUAGAGAAAAUUGCUCAAGAGGACAUAUUUGACAUAGAAUUUGAAAAUGGAACUCUGCGAAUCCCCACAUUAGCCAUCGAAGAGAGAACAGAAUCGUUCCUCCGGAACCUGGUUGCCUAUGAGCAAUAUUGUGGGGAUGAUCAAAUCAACAUUGUGACAGACUACGUGACGUUCUUGGGUUGCCUCAUCAAGUCUGAAAAGGAUGUAACAAAACUCUCCCACCAUGGAAUCAUUCAUAACUUUGUUGGUGAGAGUGAAGUCAUCUCUGAAAUGUUUAACAAAAUGAUUGUCUGCAUAGUUGGGCCAAGUAGAAAUUUCCAUUACGCUGAGAUAUUCAGUAGAGUGAACACCCAUUGUGACAGACGCAUGAAUCGAUGGAGGGCUACGUUAAGGAGAAAUUAUUGCAACAGUCCUUGGGGAAUAAUUUCGAUUAUUGCUGCCUCUUUUCUGCUGCUACUUACUUUGUUACAGACUAUAUUUUCGAUUUUAUCUUGUAAGAGCCAUUAG